AUGCGUGCUUUCAGCACUGUAACCACGCUUUCCUUCAUGCUCGCUGCCCUGUCGCAGCUUGCACAAUCUACACCUCUUCCGCCUGACGAAUCGUUAGCGCAACCAGCGCAACCAGAGGAAUCAGAAUCAGAAUCACUCGAAGAACGAAGCAGCUGCUCGAACCCAUGCGGCUACUACCAGCAACUAUGCUGCACCUCGUCGCAGACAUGCUCGACCAACAGCCUCGGCCAAGCUGAAUGUGUCGACGGAUCGGGAUCAGCGUCGUCGUCCGGGUCCUGGCAGUACUACACCACCACUUUCACCCAAACCGAUCUGGCAACCGUCACCUCCGUCUACAGCAGCUACAUCACCGCCCCGCCCAGCACCACGGCUACUUGCGCCGUCUCUCUCGGCGAGAGCACGUGUGGCACGAGCUGCUGCAGCGCCGAGGAAACCUGCGACAAUGGCGUGUGCGUAAUGGGCAGCUCGACCGAGGACGCAGCCACGGGCACCGCGUCGCCCGCCACUCGCCCAACAAGCAGCGGCGCUGAGACAAUCACCGCGACAGCCUCUGCAACCACCACUGUCGCUUUCAUUGCCCCCGUCGCAACCAACGGAUCCUCUGUCGUCACGGGCGCCUCGGGCGGCCACAGCGGACUCAGCGGAGGCGCGAUUGCAGGGAUUGUGGUCGGCGUGAUUGCCGGCGUGUUCUUGCUUAUAUUGCUCUGCAUCUGCUGCUGCAUUCGAGGCGCCGUCGACGGGCUGCUCGCCCUGCUCGGUCUCAAGCCUCGGAAGCGCAAGGAUACAACGUACGUGGAAGAACACGUCUCGCACCACUCGCACGGUGCUGCGCCGCCGCCACGACGCACCUGGUUUGGAACACGGCCGUCGCGCCCGGAGAAUGAAGAGAAGAAGAAAUCUGGCUUGGGGAUGGUGGCCUGGAUCGCCAUCAUUGUGGGCGCGGUGGCAUUGUGUCUUGGACUGAGGAGACGGCACAAGGAGGAGGAAGAAAAGAGCGAAUACAGUUACGGCCCUGGCAGCUCCUACUAUUACAGUGACUAUACUUAUCCAAGUGAAAUGCAAGCACAGAGGACCGCAGAACGCGGCAAUCUAGAUCGGAUCGGCGGUCGUCACGUCGGGGAUAAAAACUAG